UAAGCAAACCCCACAGCCAUCAUGAUCAUCAUUCCCACUCUAUGAAGCGUCCCAUCUCUCUUUCUCUCUUUCAAGCUCCGCCAUUCUAUAAAGUCUUAACUAAUCUACAUCAAACCAGUUGGAGAGAGAUAGAUACCUUUCAGAGGGUAGGAUCCAAAGGCUCUCAAAAUGAGGAAGCCAGAUGCCUGUGGGAACUACAACAACAAUAAUAACAAGCUUAGAAAGGGAUUAUGGUCACCAGUGGAAGAUGACAAGCUUAUGAACUACAUGCUAAACAAUGGACAGGGUUGUUGGAGUGAUGUGGCAAGAAAUGCUGGCUUGCAGAGGUGUGGCAAGAGUUGUCGUCUUCGCUGGAUCAAUUACUUAAGGCCUGACCUCAAGAGAGGUGCAUUUUCACCCCAGGAAGAAGAGCUCAUCAUUUAUUUGCAUUCCAUUCUUGGCAACAGAUGGUCACAAAUAGCGGCUCGCUUGCCUGGACGCACAGACAAUGAAAUCAAGAAUUUUUGGAAUUCAACGAUAAAGAAAAGACUGAAGAAUAUGUCCUCCAUAGCCUCACCAAACACUAGUGAUUCUUCCUCAGAGCCAAGCAAAGAAGUAGCAGCAGCAGCAGCAAUAGGAGGAGGGUUCAUCUCCAUGCAAGAACAAGGCAUGGGGUACAUAGACCCGUCAUUAUCAUCUUCAUCAUCAUCAAACACAUCCAUGCAAGCUAUGUUUCUGAAUCAAAUGAUGGACUCGUUACCUACCUUCGAUCAUGGCCUAAGUAUGUACGGUGCAAGUGUAUACUUCAAUAAUGAUGCAUCCCCAUGCAUGACUCAGAUAGUAAAUACUAGUGAUGAUGAUUUAUGUGGGAAUCGAGGAAGCACCAAGGAAAAUGCUAAAACUGAAGAUAAAGCAAUAUAUGGUAACAACACCAAUAAGUACAUGUAUAGCAAUGUGAAUAGAAUUAACAGCAGCUGCAAUAACAAUAAUCAGGAAGCGAAUAUGGCUGCUGGGAUUGGGAACUUAUGGCAAGAAGAAGAUCUAAAAGUGGGGGAGUGGGACUUGGAAGAGUUGAUGAAAGAAGUUUCCUCCUUUCCUUUUCUUGAUUUUUCGAGUUGAAUAAAUGGGGUUUUCCUCAUAAAUUUUCUUCCUUCAAUUUUCCAAUUCAUUCCCUUCUUUUCCUACUAUACAUAAACGACCUUGUGUAGCCUUUCUGAAAAACUAUACUAAAAAUAUCCUAGUUACGUUGGUCCCUCAAACCCUCACAUAUCAUGUUUUGUGUAUAAUUUAGGUGCGGUAUAUACAUAUGUAGAAGAAGAAACUGGGCCCUGGAAUGUUCAAAGAAUAAAAGGUCAUUAUAUUUAUAUUGAUGAUCCAAGAAAUUAUUGUUGUU